AUGGCAUCCGGAAAUAUCGCAGGAGAUAGUGACAUAGAGCAUAAUUUCGAGACCAGCGAUCGAGAUGGUCAGGAUGCCACGCAAGAUUCGCUAACAGAAGAAGCGAAGUCCUUUCUCAAUGCUCGUAAACCGAUUCGGGUCGACAUUUCGCAGAAAGAGCAAUUGGAUUGUCGAAGUAGCGCUUUAACUCCCAAUACAGUUAAACAUACAAGAAAUGUUUCAUCAGAUGCAACACCUGUCGCAGCAGCUUUUAGUGAAGGCGCGUUAUCGUUUCCGCAUCGCCGUACGUAUCUGAAUAUUGCUGAAACGAAAGAGGAAAACAAACAGCUUAAGGCGGAAGUAUUUGACUUGAAAUCACAGUUGUUUAUGCUGAAAAGAAAGUUACCUUCAAUACUGAACAAUGAAGGGAAGGAUUUCAGUCUAGAAGUAAAUCAUGUUGAUUUUCCACUCAUUCCCAAUUUAUUUGUUCGUUGUUUGGAAGGAACAGUGAAAAACGAAAAAGAAAGAUCGAAAUUCGAAAACGAAAGAAAUGAUUGGGAGAAAAAACGCGAAAGGCUACUUAUGGAUAGAGAUGAACUUGCAUCCGAAUUGAAAGAGCUCCGCCAGCAGUUAUCUGAAAGACAUGGUGAACGUGAUGAUGGUAACGAAAGUCAGGGCGACAGUUCUUUGAGCACUAUCUCACUGAUAUCAGAGAGAGGCAUGGAAAUCGAGAGACUGCGUUCAGUAGUCCUCCAGCAAAGUGUCGAUGAAAAGAAGCUUCGAAUGAAAAUGGAAAAAGACAUGAUUGAAUUGCAAGAUCAAUUGAAGCUUGCUCAAAAUAAUUUGACAAAGCAGGCUGUUGAUUACGCAAAGGAAAAAACACGCUGUGAGACAUUGGAAGCUGAAAUGACGAAGCUUCAGCAGAUUGCAGACGAAGCUAAACAGGAAGUAGAAUGUCAGAAGCAGAUCUCCGAAGAGCAAUUGGCUAAAGCACAUGCAGUCAAUGAAGUUGCGUUAAAUAAACGAGAUCGCACUAUUCGUAUAUUGCUAAAGAAACUGAAAUCGGCUGAUGCUGAAACGUCUUCCAAUUCCAAAAUCGAAGGAAACAGUUCGUCUCCACUGCAUCAUGAUGUUCCGAAUUUGAAUCCUUAUGCUCAAACAGUACUGGAUCAAAUCAAUAAGUUUACUAUCGAAAACGAUGCUAUUCGAAAGAAAGUGAUCGAAUGGGGUACCAUAAAUAUCGGUCUAACAUCGGAGAUUGAAUCUAGCGAAACGCCAUCCGCAGAGGAUGAAAACUCGGAAUGGAAUACGAAGCGCUGUGAACGUGAGAAUGAAAAACUGGCAGUAUUCCUAGCACAAAAUAAAGCUAUUCCUGAUGGUUUAAAUGAAGAAGAGCUGGGAGAACAGCUUGCACUCUUUGAUGCUGUUAAUGGUUCUGAAGGAAGAUUAUCGAAAGUGCAACAAGAUGAUACUGCGCGAAGUAUAGGAGCAUCUGAAAUGUUGGACAUAACGUCGGUAGCUGAUCUUUUGAGCAAGUCUUUGGUACUGACGGAAGAUAUUGGUGAAGUAAAGAAAAAACUUUCGGUUUUGCAGUCUGCUUGCACUCGUCUCUUCGAGAAAUUGCGUGGUACGGCUAACUUUUUGCAGACUCUUCUUGAUGAAUUGGGUGCAGGUGAUCGAGGCAGAGAACUACUAGACGAGAUAGAAGCGCUUCGCAUCGAUCUUGAUCAUUCACUUGCAACGGCCAUUGAUAUUAGCCGUGAUGUUGAAGCCGCAGAAGAAAGCAUCGGGAAUUUGUCGACUCAUUUGCAACGUUCUUUAUUGAAUUGUUCGUUCGGUAUGUCAUCAGUACCAUCCAGUGAAAAUCAACAGAAUGCAUCAUCUCUUUCACGAGCUCACAGAGCCUAUAGACGAUUAAAUGCGGACUUAGCAAACGAAAAGAUGAAAGCAAAUGAAGCUACUGAACUUAAUGAAAAGCUACAAGCACAUGUUACUGACUUGGAAGAGUUAAAGCAGAAACUUAUCAAUGAGCUGGAUGAAUUGAGGAGAAAUUUGGUAAAAAAAGAAAAUGAAAUGAUUUCAUUGGUGAAAGAUAUGGAAAUACAACUUCAACACAAAAAUCAGCAGUACGAUGAGCUGCACGGAAAAAUGGAAGAACUUCAGCAAAGACAUAAAACGAAAGAAAUUCUUGCUGCAGAGAGAGAAGCCAAAAUGAAACAACUAACAGAUCAAAUGACAGGAAAGUGUCACAAACUGGAAAUUCAAGUUGCGGAAGUUACUCACGCUCUGAAAAUGAAAGAUGAAUCGAUCAAGAAACUUCUAAUUGAUAUUGAAAGUUAUAACGACCAACUGUUAUCGCGUAACAACGAAUUGACUCAUUUCAAAAAUGAGAUUAUUGGAUUAGACAACAAAAUGUGUGAAUUGAUUGGUACUGUAAAAGCAAGUUUGGGAAUUGUUGAGGAACAAGUUGACAAACCGAUUAUAGAAGCAGCAAAUACAGAAAUAGCAGCAUUAACUCAGCUUUCCCAAAUCGGAGCAGAUCUUGAAGAAUUAACUAAAGUCAGUCAUUAUAUUGCUGACUUAAAAAAUCAAAUGAUUAAGCUUCAACAGGAUUUGGAUCUGUGUGAAAGAAGUCGUAAUGCCAUCAGUCUUAAAUGUCAUGGAUUGUCUGAUCAAAAUACUUGUCUUGAAGCAGAGCGUAAUGAAGCCAAGCAGAAGUUAUUAACUCUUCAGCAGCAAGUGCAAAUGGAGAAGGAGUCGGUUAAAAUGAUGGAAAGAGAUUUACAACGUUUGGAAUCUGAAAAUAGUUGCGUCAAAGAAAAUAAUGAAAGAUUAACGAAGAUGUUGGUGAAUGUCGAAGCAAAAUACGAAGAAAUGACCUCGAAACUAAAUCGCAGUUCCCUUUGCGAGGGACAACAUUCUGAACGAUAUACAGUGACAAUUGGUACUAUGACUCUCUUGUCUUCGGAUGAUUUUAUUGAACUAACGGAUAAAGCAAAAACGCUCUCCUCAUUUACGAAACGAAUGUAUUCGCUUGCAGCGAGAUGGAAUGAGGAGGCUGCGGUUACUCCCAGGGUUUCAUAUAAAUCGGUCGAUCUAGAUCACCUUUACCACACAUAUUCCCGAAUUUUGAAUCGCUUGUCAGAUGGACUCAAUGAACUGCGAGACAAAAUAAUCUCGGAUAAGGUCAAGCUGCAGUCGAUUAUUUCUGAUGAACAACGAAAUUCUCAACAGACUAAAAUUGAAAGUUCAAGGUCGAAUAACGAUGAAUUGGAUGCUUCCUCCUUCAUCAUUGUAGAUGGAUCACAAAAUGAGCCACUAUCUAUUGACCUGAGAACACUAUUCAGUGAUGCUGAUCGAAUUGUUCAAAAACUGAAGGCUAUUUCAUAUAGACUACAUAAUGCAGAAAUAUUGGAAUUGCUGUCGAAUAUGAGGUCGUUGCGGUUUCAAAUUGAUUGUCUGUGUAGGAAUGCUCGGCAACUUGAGAAAACUAAAGAAAACGUUGCUCCGAUGGAAGCACUUCAAUUAGAAAAUGAUCGUUUGCAAACAGUACUUAUCGAUGCAAAGAUUUUGUUGCAAAGAGCUCAUGAACGGCUGAGUAAAUUGCCUAAUUCGAAGGACAUGUGCGAACAGAUAUUGCGUGAAAUGAACGAGAUUAGUAAAGCAAUGAAGGCAACAACGCGCGAGGUACACCGUGUAGGAAGCCGUUCACGAGGUCCAAUAGGUGCAAAAAGCUCCAAAUAGCUUAUCUUUAUCAGAUCUCAUUCAUGAAUUCAUUCUCCAUAGUUGCCUUGAUCUCUAUACCUAUUAUUUGUCGAUUACAUCUUCUUCCUUGACCGAAAGCCUUAUAGUCAAAUUUCUUCUGUAUUUCUCUACCUCUAGUUUAUAUAUGUUCACAAAAAGAUAGGUGGCAAAGUGAAGGACUAUCAGUGUUGCAAAUUUCUUUAAUGAAUUGUG